CUGCACUGCAUCGUACCGCACCUGCGCACUCCACACGUUCCGCUAACCACCACCACCACCUCCAACAACAACAACCUUGCCUGGCCUGUUCUUCCCGACUCACGUAAGGUACCUCGCCAGCAAUCCCGCUCCUUGCCGGUACCUCACCUCACGCUGUCACCUGUGUGCCGCCCACGUACUCCACAUAGCGAUAGCACCCCGACCUGACCUCACUCAACCCCCAUCUUCCGAUCUCUCAUCACUGCGUUAUCAUGAUAAUCGAGCUGUCCAGCGCCGCAUUUUAGCCCCUCCUCCUCCGAACGACUCGUCUCGCGCGGCUGUUUUUCACUUGCUUUGCUACACCGGAAUGAACCUUGACUAACGCACUUCACCGUUACCCGGCAAACCAUCUCCACACCCACAUCAUAGUAGUGCCUCUCGACCGAUCUGAACCUCCGUCUUAGCACGCCAUUCCGAACCCGAUUGCUCCUUGGACCCCCGACUAGAAUCCCGUCACUCAGACCGACCACCCUUUUAGACCCCAUUCGAGACCCCAAUCACUCGAUACUCAGACAGAGACACGCCUGCCGCUGGUUACCUCAUCCUAAGAAGCUCGGACUGCGGCUUCUCGGGGGCAUUGCGAAGCUCCUCUUUGCCUACGAGACGUCACGGGUCCGCGAGCUGGUCGACCCCUCUACGAACCUCGACCCCUCACCAUGACGAACCCGUUCCAUGGUUCUGCACAUUACACGGAAUCAAACACGCCUACGGGAAGCUCUGGUCUUCUGCCGCGCCGCUUCUCCUACGCUUCAGUCGCUUCCGGAGCACCACCAAACUAUAACCCGCCCUACCUCUCCCACCCCGGCCGAACUUCGGUCAUCUCUCAGAUCCUCAACAACUCCGACGACAUCACCUUCGAACCGGCCUCGGCCUACCACGAUUCGAGCAGGGGCGGCGAUAUGGACGCAGACAGGAACGGCGCCAGUCUGAAUGGCACGUCUGCGCGCUUGUCGCGGGGUGCCAACAAUCUGCCGUCCUUUUCGAGGGUCUUUGAUAUGUUCAUGGCGAACCCGUCAGGCGAGAACGGAGGGCCAGGCGGCGCAAGCGGACACGGCGGUUUCUUCGUGCCAUCGUAUUUGACUGGAUCGACAUACGUACAGCGGCUAGAGGAGGCGCACUUUGCAAAGGUACAGGCGCAGAAGGAGUCUCAGACGGCCCAGGCACAGCCCGGCGGAAACCUGACGACGAGCGCGAGCAGCGUCAGUCUUCACAGUAAGCCGGCCUCGCAUCGAGGAGUGAAUUACGACGUUAUCGAGAAGACCGCGGCAUUCGAGGACGAUGAGGCGUUUACCCCGCUACCUACGAGGUGGAACAGGGACGACAAGUACGGUGCUCUCGAUAUUCUUUCAGACGGGCUCGAAGUUCGCUACAUUGGGCCCCGGGGCCAGACGGAGCGGGAUCAUGAGGCGUUCAGUAUACGUGCGGACAACCCGAUGCCUCCGCAGUGCGGUAUCUAUUACUUCGAGGUCCAGGUUUUGUCAGGCAAAAGAGAUGACAUGACGAUUGGCAUCGGAUUUUCGGCCAAGACUGUGGCCCUCUCAAGACCCCCGGGCUGGGAGCCAGACUCGUGGGGCUACCACAGCGACGAUGGACACUGUUACGCAGGGCAGAAUGGCGGCAAGAACUACGGGCCUCCGUUUACUGCGUCUGAUGUGAUCGGCUGUGGCGUCAACUUCCGCACUGGCUGUGCUUUCUUCACAAAGAACGGCCACAUGUUGGGUACCGCUUUUCGCGAAAUUGGAAAGGGCAGCAGCCUCUAUCCAACAGUUGGUCUCAAGAAGUCGGGAGAGCACGUUCGUGUCAACUUUGGUCAAACGCCCUUUGUUUUCGACAUUGAGGGCAUGAUGACGAAAGAAAAAGAACGUAUCCAGAGGGAAAUCUCGGAAACAAGUACAGCAAGCUUAGCGCCAGCGAUGAACGAGACAGAAUUGAUACAAGCGCUCGUUCUUCAGUUCUUGCAGCAUGACGGCUAUGUGGAAACGGCGAGGGCAUUCGCGGAGGAAAUCAACGCAGAAAAGAAGGCACUCAGUCUCGACCCGAAUGCUCCCAUUGAGGGAAUUAAUGUUAAGGACGACGAGCAUGCCAACAAGCGGCAAAGAAUUAGGAGAGCUGUGCUGGAAGGCGACAUCGAUAGGGCGCUGAAGCACACCAACGCCUUUUAUCCCCAAGUUCUCAAGGACAACGAGCAGGUUUACUUCCGGUUGCGCUGUCGCAAGUUCAUCGAGAUGGUCCGUACGGCGGCUGAGAUGAGGGCUGCGUCAGAGUCCAAAAAGAGCAACGGCCAUGGUGGUGAUCUGGGCGCGAUGGAUCUCGACGCGAACGGUAACGAGAACGGCGCUUGGGAUCAGAUGGACACUGAGGAUUCCAACGAACCGGCUGUCGACAUCAACGAGCUCGAGAUAGCAACUCUGCUCUACGGUCAGGAGCUUCACGCCGAGUUCAAGAACGACCCUAGGCGAGAGGUGACGAAGCACCUGGCGGACAUCUACGCGCUCCUUGCCUACGCAAACCCACUCAAGGAGAAGGACGUCGCACACCUGCUGGAUAGGAAAGGUCGACUUGCGGUGGCAGAGGAGCUCAACUCGGCGAUAUUAUUAUCAUUGGGCAAAUCUUCUCGCGCUGCGCUCGAAAAGGUCUACGCCCAGACAAGCGUGCUGCUUGAUGAUCUGCGGGAAAAUGGCGGACCAGGCGCCUUUGUUUCCUUACAGGACGUCAUCGAAGAUAUCCCAAAGUCCCAGCCUUUUUAGAGGCUGGCGGUAUUCACAGGCCAGCCUCAACGCUACUUUGCUGCUUAGACUUGUUUCAGGGGUAAAUCUACGGAUGGUACUCCACCUCCCUCCUUCACUGUCCAUGUGUGAAUUAUUAGAAGACGCGCCUCCCCCUUCCACUCUUGUGCGCGCUUUUUUUUUGGUUCUGCUUCUUACGAUCAUAUUAUUGGCGUCAGGCUUCGUCUUGGAGUGGGAAUGGAGAGACUAUACUUGUCCUGGUUUAUUUUGCGGGGGAUGGAUUCUUGCAUUGGUUGAUGCGGCAGAGGAAAGGGUUUGAGUCUUACAUAGGCCGGUCGGUCGGUUCCCCUUUUGGGCGGAAACGACGCCGCUGCAC